AUUACUUUACUGUGAAACUGGACUAGAAAUAGGUUUGUGACUCAAUGUCAGUCUCUGUUGAAUAUAUUUCAUAAUAUAAGCGUCGUUUUGUCAUCCCGUUGUAUAUUGUCACGAGUAUAUUUCAGUCAAGAUGUCGAUAUUCAAGUCUCUUUUCGGAGGGAAGAAUAAAGAGACGAUCACACCACAAGAUGCUAUUCAGAAAUUAAGUGAAGUGCAGGAAAUGUUGAUGAAAAAGUCAGCAUUCCUGGAAAAGAAAAUUGACGGAGAGUUGGCUACAGCUAAAAAGAACGGAACGAAGAACAAAAGAGUUGCACUUCAAGCGUUGAAGAGGAAGAAGCGAUAUGAGAAGCAGCUAACGAAUAUUGAUGGCACCUUGUCAACGAUAGAGUUCCAGAGAGAGGCUCUAGAGAAUGCCAGUACCAACACAGAGGUCCUAAAGGUCAUGGGGGUCGCUGCCAAGGCGAUGAAAGCAGCACAUAAGGACAUGGAUGUGGAGAAGGUUCAUGAUGUCAUGGAUGAAAUCGCGGAUCAACAGGAGGUGGCCAAUGAGAUAUCCGAGGCUAUAUCAAACCCUGUUGGCUUUGGGGAGGAUGUGGAUGAGGAUGACCUUUUGGCUGAACUGGAAGACCUAGAACAGGAAGAGUUAGACGAACAGCUUAUAAAUAUUGGUCCCAUCAGUGAAGGGCUGGACGACUUACCAUCUGUUCCCACUGCAGAACCUAAGGCCAACAGUAAAAAAAGUUGCCGUAGCAGAUGAUGAUGAUGAUAUGAAGGAACUUGCUGCCUGGGCGAGUUAGAGACACCAAAAAUGUGCUGAUACACACUAAGACAUUUGCCUUAUGUUGAACUUUUGAUUGUGGGCAGAACUUUUUAGGCAGGACAGGGAAACUACAGCCUUGUUGAGUGUUAAUACGGAGGAUUUAAAGAGAGUGUGAUAGCUACAAUUCUAGGGUUACCUUUACUCUGUUGCAAACAUAUCUUGAGAUAGCUACAGUCAGUUGACCUUCUUGUCAUAGGUGUAUGAAAUUUUAAUAUGUCCUGUUGCUAAUAUUUCACCUUGAACAUGUCCAGUCUCACACAAAGUCUCUGUGGUUUAGUCACGACUAAAGUGUAUAUUGCUUCAUUUGACCGGUGAAAAAGCUGUGCUUGGAAUUAAGCCCACUCCCUUGUUCAGUAAUUUUGCUUGUUUUUGUUAAAUCAAGAGUAUAUAAUCGAAGAUGAAAGUAAGAUUGAAUCUUAGAUAAGAAAAAAACUACAAGUUGCUUUUUUGUUUGGUAGAGUGUAGAUACAAGUGUAGUUGAUCCUAAAUCGUACAAAGUUUCUUAAGAUUUUUGAAUCUAAUAUCUUUAUUCCUGGUACCUUGAUUAACAUUCAUCGGUCUCUUGAUCAGUCAAUCAAUAUUUUUGAUGUAUGUGUACUUGCAAUUUAAACAAAGCAGAACAUUAUUAAGAUGUUUAGAGCUAUCUUUGAGUUUUAAGACUGCUCACAAAAGCAUGUAACUGAAUAGAGAAUGUCUGGCCCUGGAUGUGUUUGUUUUGAGAACUGUAUUUAACUUCCAUAGAUUAUUUCACUGUAUUUUCAUUACUUUUUCUGCUAUAACAUAUAUUAUAAACAUAUUUUGUAUUUUGUAUAACAUGUGCAUACUUCUUAGACUAUCCUUUCAUGUUUAACUAAUCAAUUUGAAUAUAUAUAUAUGUAUGUAAGUGAAUUUGGAAUGUAGGUGAAUGUGGAGAUGUUGUGAUUAUUAACCAUAGUCAUAAUACAAUUUCUGUGAAUAAUUAUUUACAGCUCAUUUGAAUUGGAUAUUCCUUAAAGAAAUAUCACUAAAAUUUGAUCCUUUGAAUUGGCAUUGGAAAUAUUAUGAUACUUUUUUUGUUUUAAUUUAUUCAUUUUUAGCUCCAGUUGUGUAGAUAUUCUGUUUUAAAUGAGAAAAUAAAAUUUGAAAUGAACAUAUUUUGUAUUGUGAGACUGUGCUGUUGUAUUUUAUGAAAGUAUAUUACUGUCGAUAAAACCUACAUCUACACAUGACUUUUGGAAAUUGAGUACCUUUGAAUAUGUGGUAUAAUAGAUCUUUACGCAAUAUGUGGCUAUUUUGUGGAUUCCUUGAUUUUAACAAGUCUUACUGAAGGUAUCUUUGUGCACUACUUUUGUAGACUGAUCUUUUUCUGUUAAUUUUUAAUGAACAUUUUCAAUUUUCUUUGGAUUACAUUUUCUGUUGGGAAUUUCUACGAUUAAUUUAAAACAUGUACUGAUAAUAAAGCCAGCAAAUAGAAAAUGGCAAUGUGAAGUGAAAUGAUAUGCUUGUAUAGAGUUCAGAGUUUGUGGUGAGAAUUUGAAAUUCUUAGGAACAUUUUAUUUAAAAAGCAACAUUUACUGCACUUUUGAAAGAAGAUUAAUUUAGCUAUGGUAGUGCUCUUCUGAAAAAUGAUUUAUGUCAUGAAAGCCUUGGAGAAAACUUUACCAAAACCUGCUCUCUUAUGUAUAUUUUGAUAGAAAGAUAAAAUAAAUACAGUAGUUUCAUUUUACUAACAUUUUCAGGCCUAGCAGACAUCUUCUGGUGAUUAUUUUUAAUGGCUUGGUAACAACAUUAUGCGACAUAGACAGUUACAGUAUAUGUUUAUUUUUGGCAGACAAAAAAAAAAGAGGAAUAUUUUGAUCUAAAAGCAUGUGUGUACAUGUAUACUAAGUACUAUAACUAUAUUUUACGGGUCAAUCUUGCUGUAGAAUGUUGUGAUAUAAAUACACAUGUAACUGUAAUUAUCAGUUUUUAUAAUUCAUUUAACGGUUCUAAGUCAUGUUUGUCACGUGAAAACUUCCCUCGUGAAGUUUAGAUGACUUCUCACCUCGAAUGUUACAUUAAAUGGUGUUUGAAGGUCACUAAAUGGUGUUUGAAGGUCACGUCCAUGAUAUCCCUAUUCUGUAUCCAUUGGCAUUAACUGUCUGUUGCUGCUUGAUAUAUCCUUGUUUUACUGUUUAAACAAUGUACAGGUGAAAUGAAAAUUUUACUGUUUAAACAAUGUACAGGUGAAAUGAAAAUUUUACUGUUUAAACAAUGUACAGGUGAAAUGAAAAUUUCAACAUAGCUGAAAAUUAAAAUCCUACACAAAGGUAUUCAUUUGUAAUGAAUGUUUAAACAAUGUACAGGUGAAAUGAAAAUUUUACUGUUUAAACAAUGUACAGGUGAAAUGAAAAUUUCAACAUAGCUGAAAAUUAAAAUCCUACACAAAGGUAUUCAUUUGUAAUGAAUGCAAAUGUAUUCUUCUAGGCUUUAAACAUUUAACUGCUGUAACCAUGGAAACACGCUGAGAAACACACGGACAUAAUACUAAUUCUCAACCCACUGUCCACAUAUUAUGUUGUGUAGGAUAAUUUGAUACACAUAAUACCUAUGUGGACUGUAGCUUGGCAAUUGGUGCAAAGUCCCAGGGCUGAGGGAGUUCUCUUUCUAACAAAGGAAUGUAAAACUUCUUUCAAUUUAUGAAUGUUUGUUUUCUGAGAUUUACUUAAUUAUAAAACAUCUAUGGAUUCUCCAAAGCCGGUCUUUUCACACAGUUUUGUCAAAGUGAUUUUCAUUUGAGUUUGUUAUUUAAUGUAAAUACUUUAAUAGAUUUUUGAAAAAAAAAAUCACAUUCUAUUUAUGUCCUUCAUUGUGUGCACUUUAUAUUAUUUUAUAAGUGUAUUUUGCUAUAGUUUGCUAUAGUUUGGCUCCAUAUUAAGGAUUCCAGCCUGUACGAGUGAAAAUGCUCUGAAUAAAUCAUCCGAUAAAUAUUGGCAAAUAAUUAAAUGUAUUAUGUGCGUUCCUUUGGUAAGUAGAUGGGUCCCUUUGUUGGUAGUGAAUUGACUCGGUCCAAAUGACCAGAUACCUGGGUACACAAGUUAAUUUUGGCUUCCUACAGAGGAACGGUUGGGGAACAGAAAUAUAUGUCCUGAUAAUGUAUGACAACCUCCAAUCAAUGUACAGUUAAUGGCAGAGUCCUCGUACUGAAAUAUACAGUUAAUGGUGGAGUCCUCGUACCGAAAUAUACAGUUAAUGGUGGAGUCCUCGUACCGAAAUAUACAGUUAAUGGCGGAGUCCUCGUACCGAAAUAUACAGUUAAUGGUGGAGUCCUCGUACCGAAAUAUACAGUUAAUGGUGGAGCACAGAGAUAAUCCUUAGUCUUGUCUAGGAAAUAAUAGCACAGCAAAUGUCCAUAGUGUUUGUGAAGAACACAAAGUCUUGAUCAGGAUACAAUGGCUUUUCAGUUAGACUUCCUGAAAGCAUUAAACAUGCAAUUGUCUAAAAAAAAGAGUAGAAUUCACCUGAAAUUGUACCAUUUACUGGUAUGUAUUGUUAAACUAUAUUAAAAUGAUAUGUUGAUAGUAAAACAGUUUUUAAUUAUCA